AUGGAAUUCUACUUUCAGAAUGCUAAGCGACGCUUUGAAGUUCCAAUAUACUAUGAGCUCUACGAUUUGCUGCAUGAUGCUGCUGAGCGCAAAGAAGAUUUUGCAGAUAUUGAUGAGGAUGUUGCAAGUGCUGUCAGAGAAAGUAUCAAGAAGUAUAUGAAAUACUAUACUUUCAUGGAUAUCUCCGACACGUAUUAUACUGCCCUAAUCCUAGAUCCUCGUGUAAAGGGGGAUCUCCUCCUAUACGAAUUGGACGACGAGGACACUGGCAGGAAGAUUCUCCAAGCCCUCCGUGGCAACCUUCAUGAAAAAUAUCCUGACACUACAAAUUAG